UCAGUUGGCCUAGUAAUUCCCUUGGAAGUGAAUUAUGAUUCGUAGACAUAACUCCAUUUAUCUACUGUAGUUCAUAACUUACUGGUCGUCUCAUCCGAGAUUCGAAUGCAUUCAUUAGUAAAUUAGUCUGUCUACCGGUAUUUUGUUGGGCCUAACUAAACCAUGAAGGCUUAUAUAUCUUCCCGGCUAGGAUCAUGACUGCGGUCUCCUCCCAGCGAAACUCGCAUUCACUCCCCGCAUGCCGUGGGUGAUGUUUGGAAAGGUCUUUAUAUCUAUUUCGCAAAUUUGAGUUUUAUCACCACGGAAUUGUAUAAGUCACAGGAUGUCGUCGGAUGUUGGAUUAAACCAAGCUGAGUUGAAGAAAGCCACUUUAAAGAGUUGCCAUUCACAUGAAAAUGACAGCCUGGCUUACUCAAAAGAUCAUUUUGAAAAAUUCAAAGAAGAAUAUUGCUGGGAGUUUCAAAAGGGUAAACUGAAGUAUUUCAACAAGGACAAUCCUGAUAAUUCUACAACAACCACUGUUGUUAAAAUUGAGAGAAGGAGGGGAACCAAGAUGCUUAUUCUCAGGUGUGGACCAAAAGGACGUUUGGUUUUCUUCUUGGAAUUCGAUUCAAAGAAAUUGACAGAUGAAUGGCAGGAGGCAAUAUGCCAAUUCACUGGUCAGGAGUACGACCCAACCCUCGUCUUAAGGAGGGUCCAAUCUGAUUUAGAACAAGCACUGAGUCUGAGAGCAAAAUACAGAGCAAAGAGAUCCAAAUCAGCCUUUCCGGACAUCGAUGAUGAACAGAUGCCGGAUGACACUCAUGCUGAACAAGAAGAACCUUCAUCGGACCCCUCAGCAGAUUCCCCUGAUGAUUCCUCAUCUCCCCCAGAAACCAUGCUAGCGCCUCCUUCUCCCAGCGACGCGUUGCUGGGAGAACCAAGCUACAGUGGUAAUGGUUCCGUUGAGACAGACGACAGCGAUGACGGAACACAAAAUGCUUCCAGCUUGCGGUCACGUGAUGGAGAUAUCAGUCCAUCUCUGUCAGAUUUAUCAGAGAAAUCAGUUAAAAGAGAAUUCGAGGUAUCGGAUUUGCAACAACUCGUACUCAAAGACUGCAACGGAUAUGCCGUGGUACGAAGGCCAGCCCCAGCUUGUAAGCUAUCUACCGGAGAUAUCGUCGUAAUGAAAAAUGAGCAAGGUCUACCGAUGAACGCCCGAGAAUUGACCGAGUACAUUCGAACAUUGCCCGAUCCGUCGAAGAUAGUACUUACUAUUGGACGAGGUUCUGUAUGCGUGGCAAGCGUUGAAGAAAGUGAAUUGGUGAUCAACAUCAAAGAUUCUCAGAUGGUAAGAGUAAACCCAGUCGAUGCAAUCAUCCAGGCAUGCACAUCGGCGUGUUCUGUCCUUCAUGAUGGUAGUGGGAACCGUGAAGAAUCUAGAACCUUGAUUACAGAGAUAAACGGAAUUCAUUUGGAUACCUCUACUCAACGUGAUCAGGUGGCAGAGAGGGUUAAAGAAGCCCUGGAUACAUCAAAGUUUGUAACGAUUCGUCUUGUUCCGCAGUCACUGUUUAAAUAAGAUGUUUCAUCAACAUUCAGUACCUUGAUGAUAUGGCAGACUGUUUCUGGGGAUUACCCUAGCUGAAGAUAUCAGGAACUUGAGGAUCUUCUCCCAUCUACAUACUGACAUAGGUCGACUGAUCUUUCUUUUAACCAUGUUAACAGCUGUAUGUGCGCCGGCGUGCGAUACAAUCAACUCGCUACCAAGUGAAUGCCGAAUGCGCCGGCAUCAGAAUAUGGCAAGCAGUUCCUUCGAGGGUAAUGCUUGCCAUCCAUAGGAUACAAAUAGGUGUCUUUGCCCGGGCAAAUUCGGGAUAAGUCCCGGGGGAUAAGUAUGUCACGUAGCCUGCAUGGUACAGCGCUAAGUUUAUUGCAGGUUAUUACAUGUAUUGACAAUCUGGCUGACUUGACACUGACUCUUUUCUAAAUGGUUAUCAACGCGACAUAACUCUUACAUCUUUUACGAAAGUCGCACAAAAUUACAAAAAUAUCAAUAGAGAUAAAGAAAUGGCACUGAAUAUGACUUUGUUGAAGUAAUUAACGAUUUGGAUAGUUUUAUAAAAGGCUUGGUGUAUAUGGUUUUGAAAAUGUUGAAUGACAAUAUAUAGCGCACAAAAUGGAAAUAGACAUGUGUUAAUGGUUCACAUUAUAAUCAAAUUUUCUAAACGGAAACUUUGCCGGGCGGAUUGAUAGGAAUGUGUGUUUAACUUCAGGAUUUUUUUGUGUACUCUACAAAAACAAAAAUCGCUGCCAGAAAUAUUCAAGAAGCUGGGUAAAUAUCUCCUUUCUUGAGAAUUUCAUUUUGAAAUGUUGUUUUAAUAUUCAUAAAGAUGGUUUCCUCGCGAUGUUGUCCCCACAUUUCAAUUCUGAUCUAACGAGCAGGAAACGCUCCCCUGGACUAAGAAACUGUGAAAUAGAUAGGGGAGAGUGUGAUAAAAAAAUCCUUUUAUGUGUUUCGAAGUUGUAUUCUGUGUAAUGAUUGAAAUAUUUUAUACACUGUACAUAACAUGACUUGUAUUCAGCAUUGCCUGCCUUUUGCUGUAUUAGAGGCCGUCCGCUAAGAUGAUUGGCAAAUUAUAUGUUUUGUUUUUAUUUUGUAAAUCUAAACACAUUAUGAAAAUACAAACUUAUCAUUCAUAUUAUCUA